CAAAGAUCGGCCUUUAACGUAUUUACUCUCACAGCCCGGCACUUACGGUAGCAGCUGGUAACACAUCCAUUACUCAUGUGGACUGUCUUGAGGCUUUGAAACUUCAAUCUUAUAUAUAAUUCAUGCAGUCAAGUAUAUGUGCUAGAAAUCGGCGCAAGUUGCCUUCUCUGCUGAACAUGGUUAUGACGAGCAUCCUCCAAUCAAGAGAUGCAGGUGUAGCCGCCGAAGCAGAAGGAGAAAUAUUUGAAACCUACAACGAGGAUGGCACACCUCUCGGUCGGGAGCUUAGGUCGGUAUGCCAUGCACAUGGCAUCUGGCAUCGCGCGGUCUAUGGCUACCUUUUUAACGCGAACGGAGAGCUGCUCAUACAAAAACGUUCAUCUGACAAAAAGGUCGCGCCUAGCCAGUGGGACCUGAGCGUUGCCGAGCACUUGUCGCCCGGAGAAUCUUUCCGCGAUGGAGUGGUCCGCGGCCUGGCCGAGGAGCUGGGCGUCGUGCUCACGCCAGACCACCUGGCCUCGCUUCAAGGUCCGCUGUCGCCCAUGCAUCAGCGGCGGCUGCUAAUACCGGAGCGGGGCAUUAAGGAUUUUGAGUUCGUCGAGGCUUACCGGCUCGAUGGGUAUUCAGAACCCAUCUCCUUCAAUCACCAGGAGGUUUCGGAGUGCAGGUGGGUGUCGCUGCAGCAGCUGCGGGCCGACAUGGCGUCGCGACCCUCCGACUUCACCAUCUGGUUCCGAGAGGAAAUCGCCUCGCUGGGUUUCUUCGGGGCCGCUGACGCUGCUGCUGCUGCCAGUACGGCUCCGGCUUCGGAGCAACCGUGAUCCCGGCAGUGCAAGACGAGGUCUGUGCUACAUGACGUCGUAUGAGGGAGCGCUAGGUCUGUGAUGUGUGUUCCAUGCUGACGUGUAAUAUGUGUGAUUGGAAUUGCAACUACCGGUACGAGGAAACUCUUGGAUUACGGUACCUGCACUGCGAGGCGGUGUGAUGCAGCGAAGCGCACGGUGUGGUUGAGGCUUGUGGGGUGUGCCCACGCGGCGGGGGCGGCGGGGCCUGCUGCAGCUCGCUCGCUGGGGGAGCUGGCUUGGGUGGUGGUUACGGUUGGUUGGGCCACUGGUUUGAGGCUGACUUAUGAUGCCGCCAUGAGGUGUGAGAGGCCCAGGUGCUAGGUAAUGUACGGUAGGCGAUGUGCAUCUGUUAAGCCUUGGGAAGUGACUACUAUACGGUAUUGCUGGGAUCAGGUGUGAAGGGGUCUCCCAGUGUGACCGGCGGCGCGCCGACAAAGGUGGCGGGUAAUGCCGAAGACACACAAGGUAUCAGACCUGGGGCGCCACAACUCGAGCCCCGCGAGUAGCGUGUUUGGCGCAAACCCCGUGCGAUGCAACCUGAAUGUAAGCACGUGAGAUGCCCG